UCCGCUCCCACCAUCUUGCCGUGAGACAGCAGCAAACGGGGAAACCGUUGGAUUUGGGGCAACGAUGCUGUCGGCCGCUGCUUACGCUGAACCUGUGUUCGGGUUGCCCAGAGAGGUUGGACAGAGCUCUGCGGUGCAACGUCGCUUCUCUCCGUAUACUUUCAAUGGCGGGACCAUAUUGGCAAUUGCUGGUGAAGACUUUGUUGUUGUCGCCUCAGACACCCGACUGAGUGAAGACUAUGCAAUUCAUAGCCGGGAGAGUCCUAAAUGUUAUAAACUGACAGAUACAACAGUUAUUGGCUGCAGUGGAUUUCAUGGAGAUUGUCUUACCCUUACUAAAAUCCUUGAAGCAAGAUUGAAGAUGUACAAGCAUUCCAAUAACAAGACCAUGAGUUCAGGCGCAAUUGCAGCCAUGCUUUCUACAAUCCUGUACUCCCGACGCUUCUUCCCUUAUUAUGUUUACAACAUAAUUGGUGGACUGGAUGAGGAAGGGAAAGGUGCAGUAUACAGUUUUGAUCCAGUAGGAUCCUACCAGAGAGAUAGUUUCAAAGCUGGUGGAUCAGCUAGUGCCAUGCUGCAACCUCUGCUGGACAAUCAGGUUGGCCUCAAGAACAUGCAGGGCAUGAGACAAUUGCCUUUGUCCUUGGAAAAGGCUUUGCAGCUGGUAAAGGAUGUCUUCAUUUCUGCUGCAGAAAGAGAUGUUUAUACAGGAGAUGCACUAAAGAUCUGCAUUAUCACAAAAGAUGGAAUUAAAGAAGAAAGCUUUCCAUUGAGAAGAGACUAACCACGGCAACAUUCAAGUUAAAAUGCUUGGUCUCUAAUAAGUCAUUUUUAUGCAGAUUGUUUACAGGUAGCAUGUUAAACAUUUGAUAAACUAAAAUAAGGAAUAAAAAAAACCCCAACACUUCAUUGUUAAUGUUUCAUGGCAUGUUCUAUAAAUAGACUUCGGGUUAUGUGACCUUAGCUUGUGGACAGAAUGUAUUCGUUGUACAAUCUAAAACUUUAUUUGAUGCAGGAUACAAGGAAUUUCUUAAAGGAUUCAUUAGUUUUGUAUUUCUAUAGGCAAGCUGGCUGGGAAUUCUUGAAAUUUCAACAUUUCUAAGGGGCACCUUGCUUAAAAGUAACCAUGUGAAUAAGGAACUUAUAUGCAUAUCUAUAUAUAAUAUGCAUUAAAAAAAACAGCAGUUGAGGAACUGCCAUUUCUUGGUACCGAUUUAUUAAAACAAAAAAAAUAGAUGACGUGUAGUUUUCCUGUCAGCCUUAUACAGUAGAAGUAAUUUUCCAUUGUCUAGCAUCCUGGGAUUUUUUUUUAAACUUCCCUGCCUUGACUGGUAUUCCCUACUGAGCUCCUAUUUAAGUACUAAUUAAGCCUGACCAUGCCAACCAUAUGAUGCCACUUGCUGAAACUAUUGAUGGAUAAUUCCUCUCAAAUACUGAUUGCAUUCUUCAAAAAUGAUUCAGAAGAAGUGCUUUAUGAUGUAAGUGCAAUGUCUCUACUAAAGUAGCCAUUUCUUUUAGACUUUUACAGGAGCCUAAAUAAAGCUAUGGCUACUAUAAUUAGUAGCCUAAAGGAAAGGUGCUAUGAUGAGGUUCAGCACUGCUCCAGAAUCAUUUUAAAAAAAAAAGCAUCGUCCCACAGAAUACUGUUGCACUUUCAGAAGUUAAAUUUGCAUUUUUAAAUGCAUCUGCCUCUGGUAAAUGCAAUGUAUGUUAAGGUAUUUGUUUGGCUCAACAUAUAUUUUAAGACAUAUACAUGUCUUUCCCAUGAAAUAUCCUCUAGAUAUAUGGGCUAGAUUAAAAUAAAAUGAUUUUUCCCCUAAGGUUAAUUAUUCAAACAUUGCUCCCUAAUGUUCAGCAAACUAUGAUACGCUGCCAAGAGUCUGCAAAAAAGCCAAGGUUUUGUCAAAGUAGUGAAACUAGUAUAAUUUCACCAUAAAGCAAGGUCCAUCUCUUACAUACUUGGAAGCAAUGUGAUGAAGCAAAUGCAGGAGUAGACCAGGGGUAGUCAACCUUUUUAUACUACCACCCACUUUUGUAUCUCUGUUGGUAGUAAAAUUUUCUAACUGCCCACCGGUUCCACAGUAAUGCGCUGUAUAUCGUCGUGUGCGCAUGCCUCUCGCGCAUCGUGGAUUGAUUGGGGGGCCCCGAGUGCCGGCUACCAGCUCUGCUUGUCUGUUACAGCUGGGUGGUGUGGGGGGGAGAUGCGCGAGCUAUUCUGCGACAAGACUGUUGUUUGUGGUCACACUAUAGCGCCAUUUAGUUUCACUUAAUGUAACGUGAACUAAACUUAUGCGCGGGCGAUACAAAUAGUAUAUUUUCAGAAAUUUAAAUUGUCACAGGGAAUUUUAUGAAAACCUAAUGAAAAUGUUUUUAAAUAAUGCUAUGAAAUUUUUUUAAAAAGUCAAUUAACUUAAAAAAAAUAAAGUGCUUCAGUAUCGGACAAAACCCCUACCGCCCACCAUGAAAGCUGGAACGUCCACUAGUGGGCGGUAGGGACCAGGUUGACUACCACUGGAGUAGACUUUGCAUUUGUGAUACUGCAGUGUGUAUUUCUUCAUUCGCCUUUUCUUCCACUCCCCAGAUUUUCAUGUACAGUAUCAUCAUGUAUCUUAGUCUCUUGCUUGAAAAUUGUUCCAAAAUAUUUUUACAAGUAAUCAGCAAACUUCUGAUUAUGAGAUCAAGGUGCCUGUCACCCUUUGGUAAUCUAUUAAGGAAUAUGGAUAUAAGCAACCUGUUGUAUGAUUUAUAUUGAUAUAUUGAUCAUCAAUUGUGUUGUAAAUGUUGUACCUUGAUGAACGUAUCUUUUCUUUUAUGUACACUGAGAGCAUAUGCACCAAGACAAAUUCCUUGUGUGUCCAAUCACACUUGGCCAAUAAAAUUCUAUUCUAUUCUA